AGUGUCAUCAUAUUAUGAUCGAUUAUUUGUGAAUUUUGCGCAAAUUAAUAAAAUUCCUACAAAAAUCUCGUUGCUUUAUAACUUACUGCUUCUCAUUGCGAGAAGCAGCUCUUUACAUUCUUCUAAUAGAGUUACCCGUCCGUGUGUAUCUUAAGACAUGCCAGGUACCAACUUGAUAGUUCCCGUGGUGUUAUGGGGGAAACACGCUCCGACUCAUUGUAUAUCUUCAGUAUAUCUCUCGAGAGACCAGAAGACCUUGGUAACAGGGUGUUAUGAUGGUCAAAUAUGUAUUUGGCAUGUGAAUCCUGAUUCACUUAAAAUGACCCCCCGCUGCUUGCUUGUGGGUCAUACAGCCCCUGUAACAUGUCUAUCGCGAGCAUCUAUUAUACAGGACAACAACUACAUAGUAAGUUCGUCGGAAGCCGGCGAGAUGUGCACAUGGGAUCUUGUUGAUGGAAAAUGUAGAGAGAGUGUUAAAUUGACACAAGUUCAUACUAAUAUACAGGCAUACCACAUGUGUAACAGUGAAGAUUUACGAUUAUUCUGCAACGGUUAUUACGCUGAGAUUUUGAUCAUGGAUCCGUUCUCAUUGGAGAUAUUGUUCUGUUUGAGCUCUAAGAUGAACCCUGAUUGGAUAUCUGCACUUCAUGUGUUAAGACCGUCUUCGCGAAAAGAUGAUGUUGUGCUUGCUAUCUCUAUAACGGGAACUGUUAAGGUAUGGUCCCUCCUCGGUCACGAGAAUAAGCAAUCGGAACCCAUAUACGAAAAUGAGUCUAAACAAAUACGUUGCUUGAACGCACUGUCCUUGAACUGCUGUGCGUAUAACCAACGCACCGUGUUGAUCGUGUGCGCUAAGUAUUGCCAGAUAUAUGAUGCGGGCGAUUUCUCAGUCCUUUGCUCUAUACAAGCGCCGUCCGGUGAACGUUGGAUGUCCGGGGACUUCCUUGCCCCGGAUCGAGUACUCGUCUGGUCCACGGAGGGCAAGGGUUACUUGUAUAAGUUACCAGCCAACAAACUGCGUGGACGAGCUAUCAGUAGCUCCGUACCAGAUCACAAGGGAUUCCAUGGACCAACCGUGGACCAUGAUAGUCCAGUGUUGUAUGGCAUUAUGGCUCAUCCUGAUAAUAAGCUCCUCUCCUGUCCGCCAGCCAUGCGUUUCAUACUAACCUCCGUGGGGGGGAAACAGAGAAGGCUCCUAUUAAGGGGGGAUUCCGCGGGUGUAGUGUUGCUAUGGAACGUUGAUGACGCAGCCCUGCCUGUGCCUAAUAAGGUUAUGUCUCGAGCACCAAUAGUCACUACGAGCUUGGAUAUGGCGUGGGCAGAUAUGAAUCCUAGUCCCGUCGGUGUUUUGGAUCAGUUCAGCCAUCCUGAGGAUAAUGAAAUAAAGCUAACAGCAUCUAUCUACCUCCUGGCUGCGAAUCGUCUUGUAGUUGGUCGAGAAGACGGUUCCAUAGUUAUUGUGAACGCGACACAUACAGUACAGUUGCAAUUGUUGCAUGGAAACCACCAGCAGUUGGAUGAUUGGCCACCACACCAAUUAUUGUUGGGCCACAACGGUAGAGUGAAUUGUCUGCUGUAUCCACAUCAUGUACAUCAAAGAUACGACAAAUCCCACCUAGUUUCAGGUGGGAUAGACUUCGCUGUGUGUCUAUGGGAUCUGUUCAGUGGUGCGCUCUUGCAUCGAUUCUGCGUACACGCGGGCGAAAUAACACAACUCAUAGUGCCUCCGCAGAAUUGUAGUCCUCGCAUUCAAAAGUGUAUCUGCUCAGUCGCAUCGGAUCAUAGCGUUACUUUAUUGAGUCUAGCAGAACGGAAGUGCGUAACGCUAGCGUCCCGGCACCUAUUUCCGGUGGUGACUAUAAAAUGGCGGCCGGCUGACGAUUUCAUGGUGGUCGGGUGUAGCGAUGGUACGGUUUACGUGUGGCAAAUGGAGACUGGCCAUUUGGAUAGGGUUUUACAUGGUAUGAUAGCGGAAGAAGUAUUAGCAGCGUGCGAUGAAGCCCUAGCCGAUGAAUUGGGCGGGUCUCUAUCUAGUGGUACCGAUUUGCAGGGCUUGGCCAAUCCUGCUGUACAUUUCUUUAGGGGUCUCCGUCACCGCAACCUGACCGCUAUGCGUGCGGCCACGCAGCGCGGGCUCGCAGCUCUACACGCAGCGGAGCGCGGCGGCGGCGCGGGCCCGCUCGCGGAGCCGCCGCGCGCCCGCCCGCCGCCGCUCACCGUGCAGGGCUUCAGAUCUAACCCCGCGGAUCCCGAGAGCCACAUCCUGUUCUUCGACAUCGAGGGUCUGAUCGUUGAAUUGCUGAGUGAAGAAUACUCGGCUAUGAGUCCAGCUAGUUUGGAGGCGGCCGGUCUAAUAACGAGCGAGUACAUGAAGGUUGCAGCGCUGACGCAGUCCGCGAGUCCGGAUGCCGCGAAACGGAUAUCAGAUUUCUUUGGCCGCGUGAAAGACAAGGCCGGAGAUAUGGAACGGCUGUUGAAAGAGAAGGACAAGCACGGUAUUUUAGCAAAAAUGAAAGAGGGUGCUGAAAACAUGCAAACAAAAUUGCAGGCAAAAGCUGAGCAGUUAAAAAGCCACCUCGAUGCUAAAGAGGAACAAAAUGAGCAGAAGAGGCGACGCCCACGGGACAUGUCGCUGGCAGAACCACCGCACACGAUGGAGAUUGCGCAGAUCCUCAUGUCUCUUUUGCACGCGUGGGGCCUGGACCCGGACCUCGAUAGGGUGUGCGAGUCGAAGUUGGGACUCUUGAGACCUAUGGUGCCAGUCUGUUUCGGCGUGGUAUCCCGCCACGGGCACAUGUCGGUCCAACUGCCGACGUGGCUCGGCGGCUGGCUGGACACGUUCGGCCCGGUACCGGAGGACGCGGCGUUACUUGCGUCCAACCUGCCUCCGGAGUUGGUGCGACAGGAGAAGUUUACUCGGCUAUUCACAUCGAAACUGCACUGGGAGCUAAGCACAACUCUUACCACCAAUCACUUACUCUCCAUAGUGGCACUAGCAAAUACGCUAAUGUCAAUGAGCAACGCUAGCUUCGUGCCGGAACAAGAGGUUAAUAGACGGAUGCAUCGUCCUACAACUCGCACAUCAUCAUGGGGUGGUGAUGAAGAAAGGGAGGAACAGUUGGCAGCGCAGCAGGCGCACAUCAAACAAGGCUGGUCCUUACUAGCUACGUUGCAUUGCGUGUUGCUGCCCGAUAAAGUGGUGGCGGCUGGAGCCAAAAACUUCAAACGGCCCCAAGUUGAAAUGUUGGCUCGUAGAUGGCAGCACCACUGUCUCGAAGUGCGAGACGCUGCUCAGGCGCUGUUGCUCGCUGAACUUGCCAGGCUAGGACCAAAAGGGCGCAAGUCCUUAGUGGAUAAUUGGGCGCAAUACUUGCCCCUAUACACGCACACGGAAAGUAUCAACCCGCAGGCCGCGGCUAAAGAACCUGCGGAAAAAUUGGCGAGAGAUAAUAACCAACUCUUACAGCAAGACGAAGAGUUCGAAGAGGAGGAAGAAGAGAUUGUACGGAAGCCAUCUUCUAUCGCAGAGCUAAAGAGGAAACAGACUACAGCCGUAGUGUUGUUGGGAGUUAUUGGCGCGGAGUUCGGACAGGACAUCACUAGUGAAAGCGGUGGUAACAAGAGACGCAAAGAUGGCGACAGUAGAAAAGGCUCUAUUGUUGAAGGUUUCACGCUAAGCUCCUCGAACAACUUAGCGCGUCUAACUGCGCUAGCGCUAACACACCUACUGCUAGCGCCCGGGUCUCCUCGCCUCCCAGCGCACACACCACUGCGCCGUGCGGCUGUAGAUCUGCUGGGUCGCGGGUUCGCGGUUUGGGAACCGUAUCUGGAUGUUAGCCAUGUGCUAUUGGGUCUGCUAGAGAUGUGUUCAGACGCGGACAAGUUAGUGCCGUCCAUGACAUAUGGUCUGCCGUUGACAGCACAAGCCGAUUCGUGCAGGACAGCAAGGCAUGCCCUCACGCUGAUCGCUACGGCUAGACCGGCGGCGUUCAUAACAACAAUGGCUCGUGAAGUGGCCCGUUGUGCAGCAGCAGCCGCCGGGGCUGCUCCAGCGCCUGCUGCUCUCGCGCUGCAGCGGGGCCGAGCAGAGGUGCUGCGUGGUAUCGAGCUGCUUAUUGAUAGGAUGCACGCGGAGGUCGCUGAGCUGCUCGUGGAGGUGAUGGACAUAAUACUGCACUGUGUGGACCAAUCUCAUCUCAAGAGCAAGGGACUGAACGAAGUGUUCCCGGCGAUAUGCAGAUACAACCAAGUGUCGCACUGCCCGGCUACUAGGAGGAUCGCAGUGGGCAGUCACACAGGCCAGUUGGCUAUCUACGAGCUACGAGCCGGUAGAUGCCAGUCACUAACUGCACACGCCGGGCCAGUAACUGCGUGCGCGUUCAGUCCGGACGGGCGAUACCUCGUGUCGUACGCUACUGCUGAUAAUCGACUGUCCUUCUGGCAGACUAGUGCCGGCAUGUUCGGUCUCGGAGCUGCGCAAACGCGUUGCGUAAAAUGCUACAGUACAGCACCAAUGGCGGACGUAGCGAGAUUGAACCCGGCACGACUUGCAAGACUCGUGUGGAGUUCUUCCCGUUCCGUUACACUCAUGCUGGCUGAUGGUUCGGAAACGAGGUUCAAUAUAUAAAUGACUAGAUUUUCCUUGAAGAAAAGGCCGCAUAGUUCCCGUUUCCGUGGAAUUUCCGGGAUCAAACCUAUGUGUUAAUCCAAGAUACCCUCUAUAUGUGAAGAAAAUGCCGCAUAGUUCCCGUUCCCGUGGAAUUUCU